GUAAACCCUCCUCCAAACCAGGGGGAUCACUGCGCCUGAGAAAACCGUAAACCUCUCUCAGGUGUCUUUAUAGUUUAUGACGAUGUCUGCAAACGCCUCUCAAGAAACUGCUGAACACUCCGGUCUGCUCAAGUUUUACUCUGCCAUGUUUUACGCCUGCAGUUCGUUUCUAAUCACGAUGGUGAAUAAAACCGUGCUCACGAGCUUCAGGUUUCCCUCAUUCAUGUUUCUGGGAAUUGGCCAGAUGAUCGUCACUGUUGUUGUCCUUUAUGCUGCCAAAAUUAGCAAAACAGUCCAGUUUCAAGAUUUUGACAGAAGUGUUUUCUUAAAAAUUUUCCCUCUUCCUUUGCUGUAUGUUGGGAACCAUAUAACAGGACUGGCGAGCACCAAAAAACUCAGUUUACCUAUGUUUACAGUAUUACGGAAAUUCACCAUAUUGAUGACAAUGAUCUUGGAAGUAUAUGUACUAAAAAAAACCUUUCCAAAACGCCUUGUGUACAGUGUUGUAACCAUAGUGUUUGGUGCCAUUGUUGCUGCAAGUUCUGACCUGGCCUUCGAUGUAGAGGGCUAUACUUUCAUCCUGCUCAAUGAUGCCUUGACUGCUGCCAGUGGUGUGUACACCAAGAAGAAACUUGGCACUGAGGGCCUCGGGAAGUAUGGUGUCUUAUACUACAAUUCACUAAUCAUCGUCAUCCCCACUCUCUUGGCAAGUGCGUUUACUGGAGAUUUACACGAGGCAGUCACAUUUGAGGACUGGGUUGAAUCCACUUUCAUUUUGUGUUUCCUCAUGUCCUGCAUCAUGGGGUUUGUGCUGAUGUAUUCCAUAGUCCUGUGCAGCUACUAUAACUCAGCACUGACUACGACAGUAGUGGGGGCAAUAAAGAAUAUUGCAGUUGCCUAUAUUGGCAUCUUUGUGGGUGGAGACUACCUGUUCUCUUGGACCAACUUCCUCGGCCUCAGCAUUUGUAUGUCAGGUGGACUGGUGUACUCAUAUCUCACUUUUAACCAAAAAUCACCUGGAAGUAACGCUAAGGGAGCCCAAGAGCUGAAGAUUCACAUCACACAAGAUUCAACAGGGAAGUACACUGCAAACUAAAUGGACGAUAUUUUAGCAUUCUGGUGGCAUUGUUCUGCUCCAUAUUGGAGCUUGCUUCUGCAGUUAUUUUUUUAUUAAAAAAUAAAUAAAUUGAUUUCCAUGGA